CACCAGGAGCAGCAGCAGCAGCAGCAGGAGGAGGAGGCCAUGGCUGGACAGGACUGACGUGGAAACAGUAAGGAGAGAGUAACAGAAACUUCGGGGGAGAAAAAAGUCUUAAAAAAGCCGCGUCCGCCGCCUCUCUUCCCGGCCCUCGGCACCAUGAAUCUGGAUAAAGCUGAGCUGUGUGACUCCCUGCUAACCUGGUUGCAGACAUUUCAGGUCCCAUCAUGCAGCAGCAAGCAGGACCUGAUGAGUGGAGUGGCCGUUGCCAACGUGCUGCACCAGAUAGACCCCUCCUGGUUCAAUGAGACGUGGCUCGGCAGGAUCAAGGAGGAGAGCGGGGCCAACUGGCGCCUGAAGGUCAGCAACUUGAAGAAGAUUCUCAAGAGCAUGAUGGAGUAUUAUCACGAUGUGCUCGGUCACCAGGUGUCCGAGGUGCACAUGCCGGACGUGACCCUGAUCGGGGAGAUGGGCGAUGUCACGGAGCUGGGGAAGCUGGUGCAGCUCGUGCUGGGCUGCGCUGUGAGCUGCGAGAAGAAAGAAGAACAAAUCCAGCAGAUCAUGCGUCUGGAGGAAUCCGUCCAACACGUCGUGAUGACGGCCAUUCAGGAG